AUGGCCCCAAACCCAUCCGAUGCAAAGUCCAAGCUAACCGGCUUCCCUUUCCGGCGACGCGCAGCGGCCGUGUGCAGGGCCGCCGGCGAGCCGCUGGCCAUCGAGGAGAUCGUCGUGGACCCGCCCAAGUCGCACGAGGUCAGGAUCAGGAUCAUCUGCACGUCGCUCUGCCACAGCGACGUCACGUUCUGGCGCAUGAAGGUUUGGCUUCCAUGUCCGUUCCUGCAAUCGCCGGCCUUCGGCCUUGUUGUGGCCCUCAUCGCCGUGGCGUACAGUGUCGUAUACUUCGUCUGUUUGUGUGAACUUUGCAAGAUUUCCCAGGCAUUUUUCCCAGAAUAUUUGGCCACGAAGCCUUCGGCUGACGCUUCAUAA